AUGGAGUCAUCAGUGUUACAGGGCGCAGAGAGUGUUUGCAUGAAGGCUGAGCCUUGUGAGCAUGUGUAUAAAACGGAUGAACCCACGUUUGAGGAAGUGUCUAUUAAAGCUGAGCCGUUACUGGAUGCCGUUUUUGUAAAAAACGAGCCCAGGUGGGAGAGCGUGUCCAUAAAAGCCGAGCCUUCGUGCUCAGAUGUGAGUGUAAAAGACGAGUCGCUCGGCGUGAGCGCGGCGGCCGUGGUAGCGGAGCUGUACACCGACCACACGGUAAAAGAUGAGCUUGUGCUUGGCCCCGAGCUAGUGGAGCGGCGCGGCGUGCGCCACGCACCAACAGGACAAACUCCACAGAAGAGGCCAGGAAGUGGACCCGAACCUUACCAAUGUGCUCACUGUAAAUUUAUAACAGCCAGAAAAUCCUCUUUGAUACGUCAUGUACAGACACAUUUUGAAAACAACCUUUACAAACAUGGUCAGUGUACUAAUGCUAAUGUAUACAAAGGUGACUUGCUAGAUCAUGUAAGGUCACAUACUAGUGAGAAACCUUACCAAUGUGAUCAGUGUAGUUAUGUUAGCCGAAGAAAAUAUAGUUUAAAUAUGCAUAUAAAGAAACACACUGGUGAAAAGGAAUACAAAUGUGAUCAGUGUAGUUAUGCCAGUGCAUACAAAGAAUCUUUGAAAGUUCAUAUAAGGACACACACUGGUGAAAAGCCCUACAAAUGCGACCAGUGUAGUUAUGCCAGUGCAUACAAAGGAACUUUGAAAGUUCAUAUAAGGACACACACUGGUGAAAAGCCCUACAAAUGCGACCAGUGUAGUUAUACCAGUGCAAAGAAAGAAACUUUGAAAGUUCAUAUAAGGACACACACUUGUAAAAAGCCCUACAAAUGCGACCAGUGUAGUUAUGCCAGCAACCAAAGAGGUCAUUUGAUAGUUCAUAUAAGGACACACACUGGUGAAAAGCCUUACAAAUGCGACCAGUGUAGUUAUGCCAGCAACCAAAAAAAUAAUUUGACAGCUCAUAUAAGAAAACACACUGGUGAAAAGUUACACAAAUGUGAUCAGUGUAGUUAUGCCUUUGCAUACGAAGGAACUUUGAAUGUUCAUAUAAGGACACACACUGGUGAAAAGCCCUACAAAUGCGACCAGUGUACAUAUGUUAGCAACCGAAAAGGUAAUUUGAAAGCUCAUAUAAAAAAACACAUUAGUGAAAAGGUACACAAAUGUAACCAGUGUAGUUAUGCUAGCGGAAGUAAAAGUGUUUUGCAACGACAUAUAAGGGCACAUGGUAAAUCUUACCAGUGUGAACAGUAUGUUAGCAACCAUAAUAGUGGUUUGGAACAUCGUGUAAGGAAACACGAAGUGAGGUGUUAUGUGAACAAAACACGUACGCGACGUUUGACAGACGGCGAGUCACAGGGUGUAGCAUAGGCGGUACUGAUACAUCCCCUUUUUUAUUUUUUUUAUGAAUUUGAUUUGAAGGUAUUGUAAAUGAUUUUCUACAUUAUUCCGGUUGUUGGUGCGCAGUGGAAAAAACAUUCCUUAGGGAAGUGGGUGCAUAAAUGGGGCCUUCACCCGUGCUCCGGGUCAUUCCUGGUGCAAAGGCUGUCCAUCGCAAUUAAACGCGGUAACGGUCCUUAGCUAGUUACAAAUACGGCGGUGGCAGAAUAACAGCGUCCGUUGCUGGAAGUCCUUAGGGCCGCUGUGCCCCGAGGCCUUUUGGCGCAGACAUUAGCUGAGCCACUUUCCCUUUCAAUUAGUUUGUAAGCAUUAUUGUGUACUUUUGUUAUGUACCUAUGCUUAAACUUUUUGAAUCUUCUUUUCUGUCGUGCUGGUGGCCUAGCGGAAAAAGCGUGCGACUUGCAACCGGCAAACGCGGCGGUUCAAACCCCAGCUCGUACCAAUGAGUUUUUUGGAACUUACAUACAAUAUAUCAUUUGAUAUUUACCAGUCGCUUUCUGGAGAAAGAAAACAUCGUGAGGAAACCGGACUAAUCCCAAUAAGGCCUAGUUUACCCUCUAGGUUGAAAGGUUAGAUGGCAGUAGCUUUUGUAAAAACUAGUGCCUACGCCAAUUCUCGGGAUUAGUUGCCAAGCGGACCCCAGGCUCCCAUGAGCCGUGGUUAAGUGCCGGGACAACGCGAGGAAGAAAAGAGAUAAGGAAGGGGAGGUCUUGUGCUGUCAUCGUAGGCAUUUCCUUAGUUAAUAAUAAUGAUUUGUAUGGGAGGUAUGAUUAAACAUAUGAUCAAUAAUCACAUCGUUAAGCUUGUAUAAACACUAUAAUAGUUAUUUACGAUACAAGUGCAGAAAAGAGGAAAUUCGCAUCGAGUGGUCAAAAAUAAAACACCACCGAAAGGAGGGUUUUAAAUCGACACGAGUUGCGAAUUACCUAUUCGCACGUGUAUCGUACAACGUUUUACAGUAUAUAUGGCUCUUUAAAGUUUCGACAUACGCGCGCAAAGUGCUCAUUCCAGCACGUGUGCGAGAAAGUAGCACCAUAUGUACAACUGUAAAUGGGUUUUUAUCUAUGUAUAGAGUAAACACUCUAAGCUUAACUAACUAUUCUACAAGUAUUCAGCCAUUUCAUGUGAAAUAAAUGUUUAUAUUAAAAAAAUAUUUUGUAGUUUCUCAUUUACUUUAACGUAAGAACUUUACUUGAGUGUGUCACACUUGGCGCACUGAUGCAAUUUUGAGGUCGUUUACAAAAAAUGGGUCCGUUAGCACUGUUUGGUGUAGCUUCCUAAUCAUGCUUUACCCUUUGAUUGCCUUUUGGUUGUAGUGGUCAGAUUUGAUAACUGCACUGUCACAAGAACUUGGCGUCCUAAAGAGCUUACCUGUUCUACAAGUCAGUUUCCAUUUACGUUAGUAUGGGCAGUCCCCAUUCAUAAGUCAGAUAGAUAUUACGAAUUUCGGAAACAAGUUGCGCUGGCCUUAGCUUACUAAUAAUUACAAAAUGUUUUGUGUAUAUCUGAACAGACGGAGUGUUUACCAUUUACCAUCCAUGCACCACUAAUCACCUUGUUUUAUUUAAGUGUAUCGGCAGAUUUUAUUUUACUGUAUGUUUAAAUACCCUCUAUAUUUUUAGUUCUUUCGCUAAUUUCAUGCAAAAUAAAUGUAUUUGUAUAGCUUUAAGUUCUCAUGUAAGUGAAUUAUCAAAUUCUUAGUGAGAAAUAAAGAAUCUUAAACCUAAAGUCGCAGGGGUUAAUUAAAAGUAACGUUCACAGUCUGGACCGCAGCUGCACUACUGCCGCAGUAUCGCAGCGUACCUAUCAAUACUGCUGACUACAUUACUAACGCAAAUGUUAAGAUUGCGGGCAGCAGUACUAAUUUUGACAUUUGGCGGCAGUAAAUACAGUCAGCAGUAUUGUCACACUGCAAUACUGCGGCAGUAGUGCAGCUGCGGUAGGGAAUCCGAAGGUUACCUUUACAUUCUUCGUGCUUCUCGAACUCUGAAGCUGGCUGUCCUCCCUCAUCGGACUGGAUUCUUGUCCAACUCAUUCACUUGCCAAGCAAUACGUCUGUGGAAUGCUCUCCCUCUGCCUAUCAGACAAGCUCAGAGCAAGCUUACAUUCAAAAGCAAGUUGCGUAAGCACUUAUUUGAAAACAUUCGUGACUAAAUGUCUGCGUGAUAUCUCACACUAAUAGGUACAUAA